AUGGCAAGCACAUCAACAACACCCCGGACUCCGGUUCGGACUGACCCUUCCGCUGUCGCCGCAGAGACAAAGGAUCAACGCAGAGCGUCAUCUUUAAGCUUCCUUCGCCGCUCCAAAUCGAUUGAACUCUUGGGUGAGAGGAGACCGUCUGCAAGCAAAAGUGGCAAGAAUAUACCGACGGAAGCGGAUUCUCACCCUCAACGCGCAUCAAUGCUAUACCACCAACCUCCCCGUCUUCCAAGCUUGUCUCCAGCUCCAGUCCUGGACACUUUUGGCGGCGAAGCACCACGAGACACCACUGCAGCGCCUUCCACCCAGUCUCCCGUGCCCCGUCAGCAAAGUGUGUCCCGCAGUACGAUGAGUACGCCAGUGAAGCCAGAGAGCAGCGAUCCAUACGCGCGCGCCGAAAGCAUGGCAAACCGUGGACGUUAUAGCUAUGUAAGCAGCGCUGCAAGUUCUGUCAACAACCCGCGUCGUCUACGUCGUCGUAAAGAUCCUACUCCAUACAAUGUUCUUGUUGUGGGCGCAGGGAAUUCGGGCAAGACGUCGUUCCUCAAGUUUCUCAGAAAGUCCCUGGAGCUGCCUCCCAGCAAGCAUUCCAAUAGUCAGCCGAGUGGCCUGGAAGACCAAGAUGGUCAAUCGACAACAGGUGAAGGCUAUACUUCCUCCUACCUUGAGACUGAAAUCGACGGUGAGCGCGUAGGCCUUACUUUCUGGGACUCGCCGGGCUUGGAGAAGAAUGUUGUUGAUAUCCAAUUACGUGGUGUAACAGGCUUCUUGGAGAGCAAGUUCGAGGAAACCUUGAGGGAGGAAACGAAGGUCAUUCGCUCGCCCAAUGCCCGAGACACGCACAUACACUGCACUUUCCUGAUUCUCGACCCCGUACGCUUGGAUCAGAACAUUGCGGCCGCUGAAAGAGCAGCGCAAGGGACUCCAAGAUCAACCGACUCGACCAUAAUUGGCAUCCUAGAUGAAAGACUGGAUGUGCAAGUCCUACGAACCAUGGUGGGAAAGACCACUGUCGUUCCCGUCAUCAGCAAAGCCGACACAAUCACUGCAGCGCACAUGGCAUACUUGAGGAAGGCAGUCUGGGAAAGUCUCAAAAAGGUCAACAUAGAUCCCUUGGAAAUCCUGACUCUGGAAGAUCAGGAAGAAUAUACUUCUUCAGAAAGCGGUGACGAGGAAGAGUCUGGAGAUGAUGAGGGAAUCUCCAGGUCUUCCGCCCCAUCCGAACCCAACCAGAACGCUCCUGAGUCCCAAGCCGUUCCCCAACUGCUUCCCUUCACCACUUUGUCUCCCGAUCCAUACUCGCUGAAGUCUGCAGAUGAGCCCAUUGGCCGCAAGUUUGCGUGGGGCUUUGCCGACCCAUAUAAUCCAGAGCACUGCGAUUUCCUCAAAUUGAAGGAGGCUGUCUUUAAUAACUGGCGGAUCGAGCUUCGGGAAGCGAGUCGUGUGAUCUGGUAUGAAAGAUGGAGAACCAGCCGGCUCAACCGUCAUGUCGCCACGUCUCCUGCUCCUUCCAAAGACCUUGCGCAGAAGAAGGUAUACGGUGGGAAGACUGGGCCCGAUCUCCCUUCCUCAUCCAUGUCACUCCAGGUGGGCGACUCACGGUCGCGAGGCCGUUCCAAGUCUCCAGGCGGCCGUAUCCGCGAUCGUUCCAAGUCUCGCGACAGUCGACAGCCUCCGACCCUUGACCGCAAUUAUUUGUCUUCCGCUCCGGCGGAUGGGAAGUUGAGGGCCAGAUCCAGGAGCAGAGGUGCUGCGCCAGGUGACUUCUACCGGUUCAAUUCUCGUUAUGGCCCCUCUGAUAGCCGGGAUCCUUACUUAGGCAUCGAGCACGGUCGAGACUACUACUACCAAUCUGACUCGGGCGAAAGCAAAGGUGCAAAGCGCGACAGUAGAUAUUCCUCUUCCGCCCAUCGCCGCGAUGCGCGCUACGAGAGUUAUUCGGAAAACUCGUACUCGGACUCGGAGGAUGAUGCGCUUGCUUACGGUGACCUUCCUGAUGAUGACCUGGAGCGAAGUUAUUACGGCUACAAAGGCACAAGUCGCGCUGCGUCACCGCGCCAUGGUGGUGCUAUGAUGUCCGGUGCACUCAAUCCGAGUGUACCCCCGGGUGGUGCGUCAUCACGCUCUGGGGGUGGCAUCAAAGAGCAGGUUCCUGGUAGUCACCCUAGCUAUGCCAGACCCGACCCUUUCAAAUAUGCUGCGCAAUCUCAGCAUCCUCACGCUCAACCUUCACAUUACGGUGAUCCUCUUGCUUCAUCUACUGUACCAUCUACAUGGGCACCGAUACCUGAGUGUGAGCAACCGGGGUUUGUACCUCCAUUACCUCAGAGGCCCAAUCAAGCAAUGCCUGGUGCAUUUCCAACCGGCUCUACUCAGCCUGAGAUGCCUGCCACAACCGCUGCAGCCCCAAUGCCCACGUACAGAUAUGUCGAUCCAGGCUCGACACAGAACCCUUAUGCACCGCAGAAUGGUCGUCCGCUGUCGGUGUCUGCUGCCAAUACAUACGCAGCUGGAAUGGGCUCUUCAGCCCAUCAACGCUCCGCAUCGAGUGAUGCGGCAGUUAAGCCUUCAUAUGCUGCUCCAACCCCGUUUCAGUAUGCGCAAGUUGAUCCCAACGUGAAAUACUCAUCCAAAAGUGCCGCGCAAAAUGCUACUAAGCCGAGCGGCGGUACACAGGCAAAUGAUCCGCCCUACAGUGGAGUCAAAUAUACGGCUGCUCCUCAACUUCCUAAAACUCCGACCAGUCGUCAGGAAAGCGGUCCGCAGUAUGUGGAGAUUGCGCCUGGGAACCGAGGUGCUGGCCGACCUCAUAGCCACUCCGUAUCAUCGGCCCAUAAUCUCACAGUUGCUGGCCCUGAUCCGACCCAACGACCGGCCAGCCCGCUCCAGGAGCCGUACAAAGGGACUUACCAAAGUAUAUCACCGAUGCCAUCACCUAUCGUCAUUUCGUCACGGUACGAUGAUGACGUCUCAGACCUAGAGCUAGUGGGCACUAGUUCAGAUGAGGGAAAGAGAGAACAUAGACGCAAGAAGAGUAAGGACGAGAGGGAGUUGAAACCCGAUCGUGUGAAACGGGAGAGUAGCCGAGUACGGCACGAGCGACAUGCUUCCACCGAACCUGACGCUCUCGUCGUGAUAGCCCCUAGUAGCGGUCGAAAACGUGUUACCUUCUACGAUGCGGGUCCCGAUGCCCUAGCCUUGCAACAGGCUCUAUCGCAUACGCGACAUGUCGACAAUAAGACCCUGAUCAAAGUGCUGCCACACUUGACAAGCGAUGAAAUUCUGGAUCUGCGCAAGGAGUACAAGAAGCACGUCAAAGUCCACGGAAAGGGAGUGAACCUGGCGAAGCACGUCAGACUGACUCUGGGCAACAGCGCUUUUGGUAAAGUAUGCUAUGCUACUGCUUUGGGGCGUUGGGAGUCCGAGGCCUAUUGGGCAAAUUGCUACUACCAGUCAAGUACAUCUCGGCGUGAACUCUUGAUUGAGUCUCUCUUCGGUCGGACAAAUGGCGAAAUCAGUGAGAUCAAAGAAUGCUUUCGGGAUUCACGGUACUCGGAUAGCCUGGAAAAGUGUAUGAAAGCCGAACUAAAGGCAGAUAAGUUCCGGUUGGCAGUCCUGCUUGCUCUCGAAGAGACUCGACAGAGCGAACGAGAUCCACUUGAUCCAGAACUUAUUGAGCGAGAUGUGCACGAGUUACAUCGCGCUUUGGUUUCGCGCCAUGGGGGUGAGACGGCGAUGAUCUAUAUCAUCGUCCGGCGAAGCGACCCUCAUCUUCGAGAAGUGCUACGCGCUUACGAGAAGGUCUACCAGCGCAAUUUCGCUCGAGCCAUGAUGGAAAAGUCGCAAAAUCUCGUCGGUGAGACACUUGCACAUAUACUGAACGGGGCAAUCAAUCGGCCCAUGCGUGAUGCUCUCCUUCUACACCAAGCGCUACGCGAAUCACGUACGGGUAAGGAACGGUCUGAGCUCCUGAUCUCACGACUGGUCCGGCUUCAUUGGGAGCCACGACACCUGGAAAAGGUUAAGACCGAGUUCCGGCAGCGGUACCGCGAGCGACUGGAAGACGCCAUUGCGGAAGAGGUAUUGACAAGUAGUGGAGGUAGCGAAUGGGGAGAAUUUUGUAUCGAGCUAGCUCGCAGCUCCAAGACUCUUGUUGGCCGCGGUUGA